AUGAUUUAAUAAAAUAACUAUUUAGAAAAUUAAGACAUAAAAUCUAAGAUUAUUAUCAAAGAAACAUCUAAAGAAGAAAUUAACUUAUAAAGUGAAAAUUAAGAUAUUAGUUUUCAUUAUAAAAAUUAAACAAGUGAUCAAUUUUAUCUUAUCUUAUAAUAAGCAAUUUUUGAAUUAAUUCAUAGGAUUCAAUUAGAGGAAGUACACAAAAUAUUAAGAGAUUUUUUUGAUCAAGUUAUUAAUCAUAUAUUUAUAAGACUCGUUUUGAUAUGCUGAAUAUUAAUAAAGUUUUGAGUUUAGUAUAGAAUUAACAUCCUUAAGCUAUUUUUAAUUAUCAAUAAUUUAAAAUGUUUAUUAGACUUACAUGA